AUUAAUACCAUCACAUCAACAAUUAUUCUAAUCAUAUUUCUACUUAUAAUCCCAGUCGUCGCCACACUAACAAAUAGCAAGCCACCUAACUUAUCAAUAUACAUCACAUCAUCAAUUAAAUACUCAUUCUUUCUAAGCUUGAUUCCCCUUUAUGUACUAUUCAAUAAUAACACAGAACUUCUAAUCACCAGCUGACACUGAAUCACCAUUAACUCAAUCGAGCUAUCUAUUAGCCUAAAAUUUGAUUUCUUCUGCAUCAUCUUUUUACCAGUAGCACUAUAUGUUACAUGAUCUAUCAUAGAGUUCUCAUCGUGAUACAUACACUCAGACCCACACCUAGACCGAUUUAUAAAGUACCUCAUCAUAUUUCUUAUUACUAUAAUCAUUCUCACCUCAGCUAACAACCUUCUCCAACUAUUCAUCGGAUGGGAGGGUGUAGGAAUUAUAUCAUUCUUACUAAUCGGCUGAUGGUACGGACGAUCAGACGCCAACACAGCAGCCCUACAAGCAAUCCUAUAUAACCGAAUUGGAGAUAUUGGCUUUAUUCUAGCUAUAGCUUGACUAUGCCUAAAUUGUAACUCAUGGGAACUUCAACAGAUUUUUACCACUGACAAACAAAAUAUUAUCCCCCUAAUAGGACUUCUACUAGCAGCCACAGGCAAAUCAGCACAAUUUGGACUUCACCCAUGACUCCCGUCAGCCAUAGAAGGCCCAACCCCAGUCUCAGCAUUACUGCACUCCAGCACCAUGGUAGUAGCAGGUAUCUUUCUAUUAAUCCGAUUUCAUCCAAUAACCUCCAACAAUAAUGUAAUACUAACAGCUAUACUAUGCCUAGGAUCAAUAACCACACUAUUUACAGCCAUCUGCGCCCUCACCCAAAAUGAUAUCAAAAAAAUUGUAGCUUUUUCCACAUCAAGCCAACUAGGACUUAUAAUAGUCACGCUAGGACUAAAUCAACCUCACCUUGCUUUCCUACAUAUCUGCACGCAUGCCUUCUUCAAAGCCAUACUAUUUAUAUGCUCAGGCUCCAUUAUUCACAGUCUGGGAGAUGAGCAAGAUAUCCGAAAAAUAGGAGGACUAUUUACCCCCCUACCAUUCACCUCCUCAUGCCUAACUAUUGGCAGCCUUGCCUUAACGGGCAUACCAUUCCUCACAGGAUUUUAUUCCAAAGAUUUAAUCAUCGAGACAAUAAACACGUGCCACACCAACGCCUGAGCCCUACUAAUCACACUCGUAGCCACCUCUAUGACAGCAGCCUACAGCCUACGAAUCAUUUUCUUCGCCCUAAUAAAUAAACCCCGAUUUCAACCACUGAUUACAUUAAACGAAAAUAAUUCAAAGCUAACUAACCCCAUCAAACGACUAGCCCUAGGAAGUAUUUUUGCUGGAUUUAUUAUUUCAUACAACAUACCCAUCACCUUCACCCCACCAAUAACCAUACCCUGAUACCUAAAAACCUCAGCUAUCCUGGUCACAAUUACAGGACUAAUAAUCUCCCUAGAACUUAGCAAUUUAACGUACAACCUAAAAAUAAACAAACCGCUGCCAACCAACACCUUUUCCACCAUACUAGGGUAUUUUACCACAGUAAUUCACCGAAUUGCCUCGAUAAAACUACUAACUGAAAGCUUAAACAAAGCCCUCUACCUAAUAGACCUUACACUAAUAGAAAAGUCAAUACCAAAAACAGUAUCUACUUCCAACCUACUAGCCUCCCAAAUACUAACAAACCAAAAAGGCCUAAUUAAACUCUACUUCCUCUCAUUCAUCGUAUCACUACUAUCUAUUCCCAUUUUAUUAACUAAUUACCUCGUGUAA